UACACGUUGGCGACGCGCGCUCACGAGAGAAGAGACAAGGCAGUGCGCGUUCCAGCGAAUCAGGAAAUAUGGCGGCGCUCACGCCACUGAGUCAGCUAUCCAGUGGAAACCCUGCAUAUGAGAGCUACUACAGACAGGUGGAUCCUGGAAACACGGGGAAAGUUGGCGCUGCUGAAGCCGCUCAGUUCCUGAAGAAAACCGGGCUUUCAGACAGCACGCUUGGGCAGAUUUGGGAUUUGUCAGAUCCGGAGAGAAAAGGUUACUUGGAUAAACGGGGUUUCUUUAAUGCUUUGAGGCUGGUGGCAUCAGCUCAAGGUGGAAGUGAAGUGAAUCUGAACAGUUUGAACAGGAACAUCUCACCACCUGUUCCUACAUUUAGAGAAACUGGCAGCCCUUCUCUGAACAUCACGUCAUCUGUUGGUGACUCUAGCUGGGCAGUAAAGUUGGAAGAUAAAGCGAAGUAUGAUGGGAUAUUUGAGAGCCUCUCUCCAGUUGGUGGGCUGUUGGCAGGGGAUAAAGUUAAACCAGUCCUCAUGAACUCAAAUCUGCCUCUCGAUGUGCUUGGAAAGAUUUGGGACCUCAGUGAUAUUGACAGAAAUGGACACUUGGAUAAAGACGAGUUUGCAGUGGCGAUGCAUCUGGUAUAUGCAGCCAGAGAGAAGGAACCCAUGCCAUCCGCUCUUCCCCCCUCCCUUAUCCCUCCAUCCAAGCGGAAGAAAAUUCCAGGUGGCCUCCCGGGAUCAGUUCCUGUUCUUCCCUCCAGUCCCUUCCUUCUAAAAGAGAGCCUGCGGCCCACAACGCCCCUUUCUCGGAGUUCCCUAGGCAGCAGCUCAAGUCUCUCUCCAUCAAACUCAUUCAGGAGGUCCACUGCUACUCCACCGCUACCGUCACAAACACAAUCACAGGUCUCUUCUGAGCACUGGGUGGUGCCAGCGGAGGACAGAGAUCAAUAUGAAGAAAUCUUUGAACUGGCAGACUCCGAUUUUGAUGGCCGGGUUGGAGGAGGUGAAGUGAAGGAUAUCUUCAUUAACUCCGGCCUCCCACAGAGCGUCCUGGCGCAUAUAUGGUCUCUGGCUGACACUAAGAGUACAGGCAAACUCACCAAAGAGCAGUUCUGUCUAGCCAUGUUUCUCAUACAGGAGAAGGUGAAGGGAGUCGAUCCUCCUCAGAGUCUGACCCCUGAUAUGAUCCCACCUUCAGAACGAGGCGCUGCAAGCACACCUGCACUGUCUGGAUUCACAUCAUCAGUCGGGUCUGAAUUGGCUUCUUUUACCAGUCUAAACAGGGACAGCAGCAGUUCUGUUGGGUUAAUAGAGCUGACAGGAGUCAAGGAUAUCGAUGACAUCCAACAAGAGAUCUCAAAGCUGCAGAGUGAGAAACGCACUUUAGAGAAUGAAAUCAGACAGAAGGAAGACAGCCUGCGACAGAAGAACGGUGAAGUCCAGGAGGCACAUAGAGAUUUGGAGCGGCAAAACAUUGGUGUUCAGGAGCUGGAGCACCAGAAGCUUGACGCUCAGGAUCGACUUAAUGAGAUGGAGCAGCAGAGAGCAAAGUUGGAGAGCACGCUGGAUGACACCAAGAACAAAUGGCAAGAAGAAAAUGCCAAGAUCUCAUCACUGCAGACUCAGGUCUCCUCUAAGGAGUCAGAUAUGCAGGUGCAGGAGAAGGAGGUGAACCGGACGAAGAUGGACCUUUACUGUAUGGAACAGGAGGAGAAACGGUUGGAAGACAGUCUGCAUGCUGGCAAAGCUAAAUUAGAGAGCAUCCUUAAACUUCUGCAAACAUCACAGGACGAGGUGGACCAGACGCGCACUGACCUCAGUGACAUACAGAUCGCACAACGAGAACUCAAUGAAACCAUCGAACGCUACAGCAAAGCCCUGAAUGAUAGCAUGACAAGCCUGGCCGAGCUGGACCGACUUAUUGGCGAUGAGAGCCCAAUCACAGAUGUCCCGGAGUCGUCUUUGGUUAAGUCCAGGAUGGCCAUGUUUAACAGCAGCAGCUCUAAAGGCCUCAACGCAGACCCGUUUCAAAGUGAAGACCCCUUCAAAAGUGACCCUUUCAAUAAAGCUGAUCCAUUUGGAGGAGAUCCGUUUCAGCAAAGUGACCCAUUCAGCGAUCCGUUUGCUAACUCGGAUCCAUUUGGUGAAAAUUCCUCAAGCAACGUUAAGGCCAUCUCUUUCAGAAGACGACCCAGCCAGACGUCUACGAGUCCCAAACCUAAAGACUCAGACCCGUUUGCUGCGUCCGAUCCUUUUAGUAGCAACGCUUUUGGAGGGAAAAGUGGCUUUGCAGAUUUCUCUCAGAUGUCAAAGGGCUCUGAGCCGAUUGGUCGAAAGCCGACUUACCCUCUGCCCCCUCCUAAGAAACCUGGGCCGCAGAGACCAGCGCCACCCCCUUACGGGCCAAAUUCAGCCGUUACGUCUAGCAGUUCAAUUCCUCAUAGUCGGCCGAAUGCUGGUUCGGCUGCUCGAAAGACGCAUGCAGAAAGAGGACAUGGUUCCUCCUCCACAUCAGUCGGGUCUGGGGUUAACACAUCCACAACAUUAAAAGACUUUAGAGCCCACGGAAAUGAAUCGCAGCAGCUUGAGUGGGCCAAGCGUGAGAGCCAGAGAGAGGAGGCGGAGCGUAUUCGGAGACUCCGCCUACAGGAACAGCAAGACCUGGAAUUGGCUCUCGCCCUCAGCCGAGCUGAAGUGCCCAGAUCGUGAAGCUGUUACGUUUUGGACCCUAAAUGAGACGAGGUUCCCGAGCAGACAUUUUCUUCUGCACGUCACUCAGGUUUACUGUCACCCAUGAGGCCAUUCAAACAAACAACCAACCAAUCAGCACUUUAGAGGGCGUGCGCUAAUAAAAAUAUCACCAAAAUACUAAGAAUCUGUAUAUGACGUCCUUGUGCCCCAUGACAGGUUCGGUAAGACAUAAAUGGCGUAGACAUGCAUUAAAGACAUCAUUCUUAUCGAUUUUUUGUUCACCUGAGGCACGGUUAAAGAAUUCCUUUGUUGUCAGUCCACUAUGUGAUUAUAGUACAAAUGUGUCUUCAUAUCUUCUAGCGUUUGGUUUUAGUUUGUAAUACCGUGCAAUCAAUUCAUUAAACUGUAUUUUUAGCUGUAGAGAUAACACUAAACCACACACAUCACAGUUAAAUGUCUCUACUCACUUUGUUUAACCGUUAAACUCUUGGCUUAAAUUAAUUCUGUCUUGCUGCUCCCAAACUGAUUUUACAUACAUUUUAAAAUAGUUUGGAAAGCUUAUUUUACCUUGAAAUGAAGGCUUAAACUGUAUAUCGUUCUUUUUAUAUAUUUAAAUAUUUAUUGCAAUACUGAACAAUAAACUAUAGGGUAUGAAUUGUUUAUAUGGUGAAGUAAAUUUGGGUUCAUACAGUUUUAAUUUUUCUCUUUUAUCGUGUGAAGAUUCUGCUAAAUUUUAAUGAUUUAUGUGUUUCCCAUUGGAAAGAUUGUAAUGUUACAAGAGCUUCUUUUAUUAAACUUCAUGCAUAUUUAUCUCA